AUGGCACAAAUUCCUUUGUCGUCAACUUAUCAAGGGCAUCAUGGUUCACAUAUGACCAUCAUUCCUGUUGAUAUCUUUAUAGAAAUAUGUAGUCACCUACAUCCUUUAGACCUGUUCACCCUCAUAGAAGUUUGCAAACAAUUUAGGUAUUGGUUGAACUCCGCCUCCCCGGGCACUCAGGACAUUUGGCGAACCUCUAGACUAAAAUUUCUGCCAUACCUACAGUUGAAACCAUUUGCUGAUAUGGAUGAGCAAUCUUAUACCAGACUGGGCCUAAUCGAGAAGGGAUGUCAAUUCUGUGGGACACGAAAAGAAUAUUGUAAGGUUUACUGGGUAUUUCGUGUAAGAUGUUGUAAAAAGUGUUUUAAUAGAAAAGUUGUAAGCAAUCGUGAUCUCCCGAGUGGUGCACUGUUACUGGUUGAUACGUCCAAUUGUUUACCCUAUCUUAGAAAGGGACCAGAAUAUGACUCACCGAAAAUGUUUUGGUUUCGCGAUGUUAGAGCAAUUUGUAAAGAGUUCAAAUCACUCACCCGGGAAGAUGCUGCAAUAUGGUAUAGAAAAAAGAGAUCGGAGGCACACAAGAUAAUGGAGGACACCCGGAAACGGAGAAAGGACGAAUGUUAUUGGCUAAUUUCUCGUAGGAAGCAAGACAAAAAAGAAUUUGAAAAGAUCAUUCAUGAGUUAAGAGAUAUGCAACGUGAUGAUGGGGAGUCAAAAUAUGUUGUUCGUUGGAUUUGGGAAUUAAAAUCGUGCACCAAGGCUUUCGAACUUUCUCGAGAACCCUACAUAGAAAAAGACUGGAAAAUCUUAAAGCGUGCAAUGAUGACGGAAUACGAGGAAUUAAUGAAACAACAGCGCCGGAAGCAGAUAUGCACGUGUAUCCUAUCUUUAUUAACUGCUGAUAAUACGGCACGCACAUAUCCGACCGGAAUAACAGAUUACCAGGUUUCGGUGUCAGAUCCGCUUUUGGAGUGUCUAAGGUGGUGCCCAUCUUAUCAAGACCCUCCGUUCAUCAACAAUGAUCCGAGAAAUCCAUGGAGCACCCAAUACUUACUUCUCGACUUGAUCCCUCAGCUUCGCAAAGAGGCCAUCGAGUUGCACAAGUUACCAGGUCCGAUACGACCUGGAUCUAUUACCACGGUACUAGGAGCACUUAAUCAUGGAUGUUCACAGUGUGAAGUGUAUCGAUGUCGACUGUGUAAGGGAAGAGGUGGCAAGCAUUAUAAUUACCAAGGUGUUUGCUGUCAUUUGGGUUCGUAUCACAAGGUUUCCAAGGUGAUGGUGGAAGAGAUGAUCGUGGUUGAUAGAGAAAGAGUUAUAGAAUGUAUACCAAAGAUAUUUCCUUUCGACGGUAGCACCUCGGAAUAUUACCAAGGUUUUCGUCAUUGGCACGGUUCUUGGUCUUGA